ACUGUAACUUUAUUACUUUCAAACAAGUGUCUUUUUCAACCAAAUUAUAUUAACAUGCUUAUUUCAAGUCAACGUCAACAGACCACCAUCUGCUGCUCAGCAUGGUGUUUAUACCGCCAGCUGCAGAGGACCUCCAACACAGGCAAUCACUGCAAUGAAACCACGACCAUUCAGUGCGAAGGCUAGAAUAACAACAGAAAGGGUUGCCGAGAAGACAACCACAGCACCUAAAACAAGACCCCCCUGGAGGCCAUUCUCUGGUCAUGCUGCACUUGGCAGACCAACUCCACUGAUCAACAAGAAUCCUGACAAUGCCAAUGUUAUGACAAAGGAAGAACUUCAUUAUGACUUACCUUCACUUUCAAAAGUCUAUCAAGACAGGUGUCUACCCAGAGGUCUUGUAACUUUACAGGAGUGGCUGACAGAAGAUGUUCCUAGUGACUGGCCUGCUCAGCUUACAGCAAAGCACAGUUUUGUAUUCCUUGAACAUGUUCAGAUGGACAAUCUGCAAGCUGUUCCACCUGUUCAGCAGCCUGAUGAUUUAUUGAUCUAUACUCCAGUACCGCAAAUUAAGAAAUUUAAGCCUCCAAAACCAAGAUUCCAACCAUUCCCUCAGGAUGAGGAGUUGAGAUGCAAGCACAGAAGUGAGCCUGUGGAUGCAAAGUCAAUCCAGCCCUCUUCACAUGAUGCUUUUGAGGGAAUGCGGACGGCAGAUAUUAUUCGACAAGAGAUUGAAGAUCUUGAAAGACUCUUGCAAGGUAACACGGCCAGAAAAAAAAAACCCUCAAGUGAAGUAACCCGGUUAAUUGACUGGGACCAAACACUCACAUCCUAUCUUUCUGGUAAAUGUAUGUAAA